AUGUCGUCAAGUUCCUCACCUGCUAUGGCUGCGCCCAUUAACGAGGUGGCUGCAUUAAAAACCGCCUUCAGCUUGUUGCUCAUCGGCACAGUUCUCUCCUCGUGUCUAAUUCCUAUCCUUAUCGCGCUCUUUGUCUUUUCCAACGCUAGUUCUCGCCGACGUCCAGUUUUUUGGGUAAACAUCGCAUCAAUCCUUCUCGGCCUCGCAGAAGGGGGCGUCAAUAUUUAUGGAGUGGUACAUAACAUGUUAUCACCCAAUAUCCCACCGCUGCCUGGGCUGGUCACUGCACUACCCGCUUUGUCCACUCUAGUUCCUUUCAUAGCAGAGUUUGCUUUGGUUUUGCGUAUCAUCGCUGUCUAUCCGUACACAACCACACCACGGCUCAAGUUUGCAGCUAUUCUAGCCCCUACUGUCUUAUGCAAAGUGCUCCGACUUGCAUUCCUGAUCACUUUUCUGGUAAAAUUUGAUGCAGCGGUCCAGGGAAGCGUCUCUUCAAUAGCGGAUGGUGAAGCACUCUGGGGCAUAUGGGAACCCAGAGCAGUCUGGAUAUUGGAAUGUAUUGAUAACGGAUACGUUUCCAUCGUGUUUAUUCAACGCCUACGAAGAAAAAGCAUCACAUCAGAAGGUGUUAUCCGACCUCGUGACGCUCUAGGAAGAAUGGUAUCCCAGAUGCGCGCCUUAUUUCUCAUUGCGCUUUCCAACUUUGUAUUUCCAGUGCUUUUGGACAUCAUCAUUCUUGCUAUCGCUUUCCACACAACUUCGUAUGAUGCAACAAGUAUGGUAUUGUACGUCGACAACUACGUCACCAUCAUCAGUGUGGUAUUUGCCACUCUUUGGACAUCGGUCUCUCGAGAACACGGUCAGGAAGAAGACCCGCAGACAAUCGCGCUGUCCACCAUAUAUGGCGCAUCAGUUCCUUCGAGUAACAGUCAACGUUCCGAAUCAGGUCCGUCUCCAUAA